AUGGAUGAAAUUGAAAUGAUUGGAGGCGAAGAGGAUGAAGAAGGCGGUUGGGAUGUUGACGAAGAAAUAACUCAAGCAGUCGAAUCUAUGCGCAUUGGUGCUGGAGAUGAGGCUGCGGAUGAUGGGUUUACUUUACCCCAACGUGGACAUGCUCCACCAUUUUAUUGGCCUGGAAAUUCUCGUCUUACUGCUGAUCAUGUUGCUGCUGGUGCUUUCGAUUCAGCUGCUAGAUUGUUGGAAGAAUCACUUGGAAUUGUGCAAAUUGGUCCUUUUAAAUCUUUGUUCCUUUCAACUUAUGCCAAGUCUCGUGUAGCAUGUUGUGCAAUGCCUCUGUCCCCUCCCAAUUUUAUUUUUCCUAUGCGAAAUUGGCAGGAAAGUUUACCAAAAUCUUCACUUCCAGCUGUUUCUUUAAAGUUAAAUGAUCUUGCGCAACGUUUACAAAUUUGUUAUAAAUUAACUACAGAUGGAAAAUUUGUUGAAUCUGUUCAACGUUUUAGACAAAUACUUCUUUGUAUACCUUUACUUGUUGUUGAUUCAAAGCAAGAGGUUUUGGAAGCUCAACAAUUGCUACAAAUAUGCCGAGAAUAUUUAGUUGGUCUUUUACUUGAAACGGCACGAAAAGAAUUGCCUCGUGAAUCUACUGAAGAUGCAAAACGAAAUUUAGAAAUGGCUGCCUAUUUUACAAAUUGUGAUAUUCAACCUAUACAUAAAAUUUUAACUUUGAGAACUGCUGCAAAUUUGAGUUUUAAAAAUAAACAAAUGAGACAUUGCGCAACAUUUUGUCGUCGAUGCAUUGAAUUGGGUAUUUAA